AAUUUCCCAUGACAAUAUUUAAUAGUGCCUUAAGUUAGUUAUUAAAGUACAUUGCUGAUGUUUAGUUUGAUUUUAUAAACAGUGAUAAAAAUAGAGAUUGAGUAACAAAGACCUCAGAUCUUAUGUUUCAAACUCUUCAGGAGGUCUUGACCCUGAGGUUAGGAAUUACAGUUUUACAGCGUAGCUGUGGUAAAAAAGGCGGUAAACCAACCCUGCUGACCUCUUUAUUUCCCCCAUUGUUUUCAGACAUGCUCCCUUUGGAUCUUCUGUCUUUUGUUCUGGAGAGGGACCCCUCCAAACUGGUGCCCGGGGUGCACAUGAAGCAGGCUGGCGGGGUGAGGGGCGUACAUUUCUCCAGCCCUCACUCCUCCCUGAGCUUCCCAUCCUCGCAGCUGCUGGCAAACUGUGACCUCUUCCCGAAAGAAUUCUCAAUUGUUGUGACGUUAAAAGUCACGCACAUCGCUCAAAAGAGAAAUGAAUACAUAUUCUCUCUGAUGGGAACAAAAACAGAGAAUGACAAUAAUGGAAGCCUUGUUAAAAGUCACCAGAGGAGAAGCACGACGGCGGAUGAAGUAGAAGGUGAAGAGAGAACCCAAGGCAAGGAGAAGCAAGACAAAAGUAAUGAGGAACGUGGACGGAUCAUCCUGGGACUGAGGUUUUCCAGAAAGAGUCUGCACUUCCUCUUCAAAGGUCACAGAGGGCGGGUGGAGCACUGGGUGUUCCGAGGCACUAAACUGGCCGAUAACAAGUGGCACACCGUGGUUUUGAACAUUGCGGGCGAAUACGCCAGGCUGACGGUGGACUGUGAUGUUCCACUGGAAAUAGUUCCCAGCCAUCCGUUUCCCUCGGACCUCAACAUCCAGGGAUCCAGAUUCCACAUUGGUAAUCGAGGACGAUGGAAAGGCCUGUUUUCAGGUUUAAUCAGACAGGUGGUGUUAGUGCCAGGCUUGGAUGCGACCGAUCAGGUCUGUCCGUCCCCUGAUUCCCACCUAGCAGCUCUGUCAGUACCACCACUCCUCUUAGACCUGCCCAUCAAGAGGAGGCAGGGAGGCACCCAUCAGACUUCCUACGAAAAGGAGGAGCGAGUGUCAGUGGCCCUGGAACGUUCCUGCUCAGAUCAGCUACAGGGUCAGCUGUGGUUCAACCCUGUCAAGAAAGGCCUUUAUCUGUGCGAUGGCACAGGGUGGAUCACUGUGCUGGAGGAUCGCAAAAGGUUGGACUACGUGCAGGAGCAUCAGGUCCUUACCACCAGCUCAGAGACACACGACAUUGAGGUUUUCCAGGUCCCUGGAAUGGGUUUGAUGGCUGCUAUGGCCCACAGAUCCAAAGCCUCUGGUUCUGCCGUGUACCUGUGGACUCACUCUCGGUUUAAACUUUACCAGAAUAUCUCCACUCACGAAGCCCUGGCAUGGAGGCACUUUAACAUAGGGAAGAAGGUGUUUCUGGUGGUGUCCAACUCUGGAGGAGGGACAUACAAUCGUUUUGAGUCACAGAUGGAGUUUUCUGUCAUUUACAAGUGGAGCAAGAAAAGAAAACAGUUUGUGCGGUUCCAGUCCCUGCAGACCUUUUGUGCUCGAGACUGGGAGGCCUUUACCAUCAAUCGACAAAACUAUCUUGCAGUAGCCAAUCACAGACUAGGUAACAACAAUCACACCAUAAACAGUGUCAUCUACAAGUGGAACAGGACACGAAAGUCCUUUGAGAUUCACCAGUUGCUGCCGACAUCGGGAGCCUACGACUGGGAGUUCUUCACUGUUGGACCGUACCAUUUCCUGGUGGUCGCCAAUGCCUUCAACGGCGUCACCACUUCUGUCGACUCCGUCAUCUACGUUUGGGUCAAUGGACGCUUUCAGCCGUUCCAGACAAUUAAGACAUUCUGUGCCACUGACUGGGAAAUGUUCCAGAUUGGCAGCAGAGUCUUCCUUGUCGUUGCUAACGGACACAGACUCCAUGGUAAUGAACCCAGUCGAUAUGCUAUCAACUCCACCAUCUACGAACUGGACAUGAAAGGACAGAUCUUCGUCCGCUUCCAGGACAUCAUCACCUACAGUGCCCUGGACUGGGAGUUCUUCAGUCUCGGGGAGGAACAUUUUCUCAUUGUCGCUAACUCAUUCAAUGGAGAAUCCUACUCCCUUAACAGCAUUCUCUACAGGUGGCAAGGAUAUGAAGGCUUUGUUCCUAUUCAUUGGCUUCCAACCAUUGGGUGUAGUGACUGGGAGUUUUUCACCUCUAAAGGAGAUUCAUAUCUGAUCUACUCCAGUGCCAAAGCUCCGCUCUCCAAAGUCUUCAGGCUAAAAACAUAUUAGAUAAAGAGGAGGUGUACAGCUUUGUGGAUCUGUGCAUGUGUGUGCGUGUAUGUGUGUGUGUGUAGAACAGAGAGAGAGAGAGAGAUAGAGAGAGACUGUAAAUACAGUACCAUUUUCCAUGAGAGAGAGAGAGAAUAUAUUUUCUUGAUUCUGUUUUAAAAAUGUAGUUACAUUAAAAUGCCUUUAUAUAAGUGUUUGUCUGCCUUCGCAUAAACUACAUCAAAUUUGCAGACAUAAUGUGCAGCCGAGGUUGUACUUCAUUCAGAUGUAUUGACAUGAUUGGACAAGUCCACUGGCGUUGUUAUUGUUGGCUUUUGCAGAAUGAAUCGAAGGACAAUCCUUUGAGUAAAUCUGAACGGUGUUGUAAAUUUCCUUUAAGCAGUAGCUGCAGUAAAGUUGUCAUUUUAUCCCUUUGAUCAGGAAACUACUGCAUUUGCAUUUUGGGUCAUGAUUUGGGGGGAAAUAAGGAGAUUAACUGGCAGUCCACUUAAUGGCCCACAUAGUAAUUUUGGCUCGGAGCCUACAUUAAAUGGCCGCACACGAACUACCGUUUCUCAUAAAAGGUACGCACAGCAUUUGUAUUAGAUAAUUCCUACUUGUUUUUUUUUUGUUUUUUUUGUAGUCGGUGUAAGACAUAAUCGUCCAAUCAUUGUGUAAAAGCUGUCUAAAUUAAAACGAUAUUUAAUGUUUUAUCUGCUGGAAUCUGUUCUGUCAAAUAAAAUUGCAUUGAUUGAUGUGUUUUUCUGCUGAUUGCAUGAAUUAUAUAUGUGUGUGUUUGUGUAAAAAUAAAGUAAAUUAUUGUUAUUACAAUAAAUCACCUCUAAUUUGAGAGACACCUGGUUUUUCCUUUGGCUAACUGUCAGCUAUUUUCAGUAAGAACACAGGGUUGAUGAGGAUACCCUGAAGUAAACAAGCUUUGAUUCCAGGUAUUUUCGUGGUGAACUGGAUUCAUACUGAAGUCUCUGACUGGCAUGCAGCCCUGCAAACAUGUCCGCUGGGCACAUAACUACCAAGCCCUAUAAAACUGGCAGCAACAAUAAUGUCUGGUGACAGACACAAGAAACCACAAGACCCUUGCGGGAUCCCUAAGAACCUCUAGAAUGAUGGGAAAUGCUGUUUUUCAAAAUCGAAAUACUUUAUUUAUACCUUUGGUGAAAUUGUUUCAAACUUCUCCCCUAAAAGAAAGUGUAGUGUUACUUGUCAAAAGAAGGCGUUUCUUGAUAGUAGUAACUAAUUUUUUGUUUUGUUUUGAGUAGCAACUCUACUUUCUUCAAGUGUCCCGACUGCCACCUGCUGGGGCAUCUUUUCCAGUAAAAUACUACUUAGAUUUGAUCAAAUGUUAUGAGGUAUAAAGCUAGAGUUAUGUUUUAGAAAAUGCCUGUGUUAUAUAACGUUGAGGUAAAUACACACCUCUAGAUGUCUCUGUUUAGCAUCAAGCCAUUUGUUUUCAUUAGACCUACCACAAAAACCUGUACAAGUUGUACAGCACUUCUAUUCUUACGUUGUUUUUACUUCACGUAUGUAUUCCCUGGGGACAAACACAUUUAUUUGAAUUGUAUUGAAUUGAGCGAAACAAAACCAGCUAGUCUAAUACUACAAAUCCCACAAUACUGCGCGCCAUUUACCCAGCAGAAAAAACAUGGCUGCCUACAGUUCACCGAGGCUUUUUGUAUUUACAUUUGGUUUGUUAACUGCCUUAAAGCCUCUAGAGGACGAGAUAACCGGUGACAGGAGCUUUUCUGAAUACAUCUAAAACAAUUGUGUUUAGAGUUUAUGUUUGUGGAGCCUUUUAUAUGACAGCGUGGAGAAAAAGACUGUUGAACACAGUGAGAUUUUUCACGUUUCUGCUGACCUGUCAGUGUCCUGCUAUUGAUAAUUAGCUGCUAGGCUAAGUCAGGCAAGUGAUAUUACAACCACGAGCCCUUGGCCUUCUAUAUAAAUAACCUGUAUUCGUCGCUAUGUUCAGCCCGGUGAAGUCUUGUUAUUUCAGAGUGAGCCCGGCCAUUGUCAACAGAGAACUGGGGAAGACAAAGAUGAGAUAGCAAGAGAGGGCACGUCGGCGUGCUAACACACUGCGUUUAGUGAAUUAUUGAGAGAAACUGAGCAGCGAAGAGUUUUUAAAAGAACAGA